AUGGAGCUCAGGGCGGGUGUCACCAAACAAGACAUCCGCCAGAAAAUCUGGGACUACAUGGAGUCACAGAACCUGGCUGACUUCCCACGGCCCGUUCAUCACAGGAUCCCAAACUUCAAGGGUGCUCCUCGGGCUGCCGAACACCUCCCCCGCCUGCCAGAGUUCAGAGCGGCCAGGACUGUCAAAGUGAACCCUGACGCGCCCCAGAAAAACGUUCGCUUCUUCGUCCUGGAAAGCCACAAAACAUUACUGGUUCCAACACCACGGUUGAGGACGGGGCUGUUCAAUAAGAUCGUGCCACCCCCUGGGGCGACAAAGGACAUCCUGAGGAAGUGUGCCACCUCCCAGGGGGUCAGGGACUACAGCGUGCCCAUCGGCCUGGACUCCAGGGUCCUUGUGGACCUGGUCGUUGUGGGCUCAGUCGCCGUCUCUGAACAAGGCUGGCGUAUCGGGAAGGGCGAAGGUUAUGCUGACCUGGAGUACGCCAUGAUGGUGGCCAUGGGGGCCGUCCGCCCCGAGACACCCGUGGUCACUGUCGUCCACGACUGCCAGGUGGUGGACAUCCCGGAGACGCUCCUGGAGGACCACGACCUCACCGUGGACUACGUGCUCACGCAGACCCGGGUCAUCCGGACGGGGUGCAGGCGCCCCAAGCCCACAGGCAUCACGUGGAGCAAGAUCAGCCCCGAGAUGUUCCAGCGGAUCCCCAUCCUGAGGAGUCUGUACCAGCGGGAACGGCCGGCUGGUGCCCAUGGCGCCCACCUGUGCGAAGCUGGCCACAAGCCCACCGCUUCCGAGAGCAGGAUCCGGAGGCCCCAGCAUGCGCCCUGGCCUGCAGAGGGCUCAGUGUCCACAGCCCACAACCCCCAACACAGACAAGGCCCUCCUCCUGACGCUGCAGCCCCUCGGACAGCCGUCGUCCACGUGGGGGGGUUUCCAGUAGGUGCCCGUGUGAGUGAGCUGAAGCAGGCCCUCCGGGAACGGGGUGCUGCGCCCCUGAGGCUCACCUGGCAGGGUCCCCGGCGCCCCGCGAUUCUCAUCUACCAGGACCUGGCCACGGCUGAGCAGGCCGUAACCGCCCUGCAGGGCCUCCAGCUGGGCACCCGGUCUCUGCAGGUGGAGCUGGCACGGUGCUCAAGGGACAAGUGA